AUGAGCAAGAAGAAAAUUCUGUUAAAAGUUAUUAUAUUAGGAGAUAGUGGUGUUGGAAAGACUUCUUUGAUGAAUCAAUUUGUGAACCAUAAAUAUAGUAGUGUGUACAAGGCUACUAUUGGUGCUGAUUUCUUAACAAAAGAUCUUGUUGUUGAUAAUCAUGAAGUCACAAUGCAAAUUUGGGAUACCGCAGGAAAUGAAAGAUUCCAAUCGCUCGGCGUCGCUUUUUACAGAGGAGCUGAUUGUUGUGCUUUGGUCCAUGAUGUGAACGAUCCUAAAACAUUCGACUCCUUGAACAAUUGGAGAGACGAAUUUCUUGUCCAAGCUCAGCCUAAAAACACCGACCAGUUCCCAUUUGUUGUUCUUGGAAACAAAAUCGACUCGUACGAUGGAAGUGUCGACGCUAUCCACAAAAAAUCGGAACAAUGGUGCUCGGAACACUUCAAUAUCCCAUUCUUCGAAACCUCCGCUAAGAACGCUACUAAUGUCGAUCUUGCGUUCCAAAGCAUCGCACAGGCUGCUAUCGCACAAAAAGGAACAGACACUGACAUCUACGUGAUGAACCAAGUCAACAUCGACCAACCAGCCCCACAAGAAACUAAAACCGACUGUUGUUGA